AUGCCAUUAUCUGCUCGACCCAGAAGACCAUCUCUUAAUUCUUCUCUUAAUAAUGUUGUGGAAGAAAUUAAGAACUCAAUGUAAAAUUAUAAUAUAAUAAAAGGAAACAACUCAAUCCUUAGUUGUAAAACCUUUUAAAUUAAUUAAUCAAAAUAGCAUUUGAUUUGGAAAAGUAAAAUACAAAAUUUUAUAAUGCUCUUCAGUCAUGUAAAGCUUCAAGCAUUCAAAAUGGAGAUUAUAUUUAAAAGGAACCAUCUUCUCAUCAUGAUAGAAAUAAAUCUAAAGAUAGUAGUCCAACAAAGAAAGACUAAUCUGUUAAAAAUAUAGAAAUGACAUCAAGCAGCAGAUUAGAUCCAACUCCUAAAUAAAAAUUUUUAAUCAGAAGAGGUUCUUUAGAUGUAGACUAAUAAGUGACAAAAGUAAGAGUUAUUUUAAUAUAUUUAAAGGAUUAAUUAAGAAAAAUAAGUUAAGAGGCCAUAGAUCAGAACUUUAUAUAUAACUUACUAGAUUAUAAACCAUCGAAAUUAAAAUCUAUGACGUAUAAAAAAUUAAAUUAAAUCUUUACACUUAAUGAAAAAGAUUUAUAUUAAUAUAUAUAGAAGAUAGAAUAUUAAGGUAUAUAUGAUGUUGUUCAAAAUGAUAGAGUAUUUACAGUACCUUUAUGA